UUCUCUGCUGCAGCAGCUGACACCGCAUCCAAACGCGAAGACAUUGUGCCUGAGCUGGGUGGAUCACCACUGUUUUCUUACGAUAUGUAGAAAAGAAGCCCUUUUGCUUCUCCCUAUGGCACUUUGAGGAUGCGAUUUCCGAGCUCCAUCUUCGUGUCUGUCUCCCUCUUUACUGCAGAGACGACAGCAGCCUUGUAUCUGAGCAGCACGUACAGAUCUGGGGGGGACAAGAUCUGGCAGGGGCUGACUCUCCUCUUCGCGCUGGUGCCAUCAGUGCUGGUACAGUUUACCCUGACGUUCAUUCACAGGGAUUUGAGCAGGGAUAGACCUCUCGUUCUGCUGCUGCAUAUUUUGCAGCUGGGACCUUUUGUCAGGUGUUUGGAAGCUUUUUUCAUCUACGGCUAUGCUAGUAGUAUUGAAGAGCCGUAUGUCAGUAUUACAAGGAAAAAGCAGAUGCCCAAGGAUGGCCUUUCAGAAGAGAUUGAAAAAGAAGUGGGUCAGGCAGAGGGCAAGCUGUUCACACAUCGGGCUGCUUUCGCCAGGACAUCAGUGAUCCAAGCCUUCCUGGGCUCUGCCCCCCAGCUCACUCUGCAGCUCUACAUCUGUGUGCUGCAGCAGUACAUUUCAGUCGGACGAGGUACAUUGAUGAUCGUUUCCCUGCUGUCUAUAGUGUAUGGUGCCCUGCGUUGCAACAUUCUUGCCAUAAAGAUCAAGUACGACGAUUACGAAGUUGAGGUGAAGCUGGCAGCGUAUCUGUGCAUAUUCCUGUGGAGAAGUUUUGAGAUUGCCACCAGAGUUGUGGUCCUGGUCCUGUUCAGUUCAGUACUCCAGAUAUGGAUCCUCCCAGUGGUGCUCUUGAACUUCUUCAUCUUUUUCUUCUAUCCUUGGAUACUGUUCUGGCAAAGUAAAUCCCCUUUCCCGGAAAACAUUGAGAAAACGCUGACAAGAGUGGGCACCACCAUUGUGCUGUGCCUUCUUACGUUUCUCUACGCCGGUAUCAACAUGUUUUGCUGGUCGGCAGUCCAGCUGAAACUCAGUGACCCUGACUUAAUCAACAAGUCCCAGAACUGGUACCGGAUGGCGGUGUAUUACAUGCUGAGGUUUAUAGAGAACGCAACUCUCAUUCUGCUGUGGUAUGUAUUUCAGACUGGCGUCUACCAGUAUAUAUCCACUCCUUUGCUUGUUCUGCAGCUGCUGAUUGGAUACUCCAUAGCCAUCUUUUUCAUGCUUGUGUUCUACCAGUUCUGCCACCCCUGUAAAAAGCUGUUCUCCUCCAGCAUUACACAAGGACUGUGGGCAUGCUCUCACAUCUUUUGCCUGCUCUGCAAGCGACCCAAGCCACGGUUGCCGCCGUCCAGCACUGCUGACUUUGCAACCAAUACACUGAAUGAGUCCCAGAAUGGGAAAACCAGUCAGAGCUUAUCUAUUCAUCCUUAAACACACAAGUCCAAUUCUCAUUUAGAAAUGGGCAAUUUGGAAAGCAAACUAAAUUGCUUCAUAAGAUGAAUACAACAACGGCUAUGAAUAUUGCGUCACCUUGCAUUUUCAGACACUUUAUCACCAAAACAAGUUUUUACUUUCGAAGAUGAAUUGAUUAACACCAAUGAGAAGAAAUCAACGAUAUAACAAUACUUCACUAUAUAUUUAUUUUAUCCCAGUCACACAGUGUGACCUGUAGUACAUUCCCAGUUUAUUUUGGAACCUCCAACAUCAAGUUAAAUCCUGUCUGAAUAAUCAAUUACUUUCCCUGAUGAUCUAGUCACUCAGGUACUGUGCAGUUUGCAGUUCAACCUUGACAUUGCUAAACACAAAAUGAACCCCAGGAAGCACUAAUGGUUCUCAAGAGGAAGCUUCUGAAAAUUGAACUAUAUCUGGCUACCAAAAAUAUGUAUAAAAAUAAAUUUUUGCCUUGAUCUGCGAUUCAUUGAAACCCCAAGAUGUGAAUGACAGUUGGCAUUGGAGGUGUAUGGCUGCACAGGUUUAACAGGAUCCAAAUGAAAUAAUCCUCUAUAUAAAACAGUAGCUUGCUAUGGAAGAUGUAAAGUAACUUACUAUGUAUGAACACUAUUGUGAUAUAUACAUAUACACUGUGUGAUCUUUAAAACAAAUGAAGAAAAUGAACACCAUGUGAUAAAUACACUGCUUCAAUAAUGAUAAUAAAGAUAUACUAUAAGGCCUAUAUUGCUCAUUAUGCACCAUGGCCUCUGGACUCCAAUCCGAUAUAACAAUUGUAUUUUUAAACUAAAAAACUAAAAACUUCACAAUCACACUUCAACAAGAGAUAAUACAGGUGUUUAUAGUAGAUGUAUCACAGACCUGUGUCAUACCAGUUACAGAAUCAAAAAAGGAAGGAAGGAAAAAUGUAUAUUCAGCAGAAGUACUGGGUAAGUAGACAGUUGGAGAUGGUAGGGAUAAUGAGCUAACUGCAUUAUAUGUGCUAUGGAUUAAAUACACACAAACACAUGUAUAGUAGCAUGCCAAAUCACAUUUUAUUGGGAAGAAAGGAUCAGAAAUGCAAGAUUCAAUGAAUCAAUAGUAGCAUUAUGUGUUCAGACUAAAAUGUUAAUGUAAUAAUAGGUUGUAAACAUACUAUUUAACCCUUUGCGGUCCUAUGUCGGACCAGGUCCGACAUUACAAUUUUCCCUUUCCGGUCCGAUGUCGGACCCUGUCCGACAUCAUCAAAAAGACAUAAAGCACAGGUCUCUAGUCGUUUUUUCUUCGGAAAAAAAGCAGAGAAAACAAUUCAAUGGCUGAGUGAGACCAAUAGGAGCUGAGAAAAGCCAAAAAAAAAAAAAAGAGGCAGAUCUGAGCAAUUCACAUAGCCCGGCACCACAGAGAUAAAAUGGCCAUAAACAAACAAGAUAGCUGCUUCCGCAUCCAGCGCUCAAAGAAUAUCAUGGACAUUUGCAGAGCAUUUUGAGAUGUUCUAGUAAUAAAAUAAUGACUUGGAUCGCAUUAUUGAGGAGUUUGGUGAUAAAACGAGUUAUCAGGAGAUGAUUUAUCAGUAUGCACGACUAUGAAGAGAUAUGUGAUAAAUACAGCAAACAAGGGGUGGGGAGGUGCUGGAGAUGCAGUACUGAGUGUCAUGUUGAUAUGCAGUGCCUUUUAAACCUGUUUUACUGUGAAAAAAAUACUUUUAAACAGAGCAUGUAAAAUAAACAGUGUGUGUGAAAAUAAAUUGGACCUGACGCGCCUGAGAUGCGCUGAAUAAAUGGACCGCUAAGGGUUAAGGUAUAUACAGAAGGCCAAUACUGUAUAUACUGAGAGAAUCCUGGCCAGCAAUAAAGAACAAUUUGGUCGCGGGGCUCCCAAGUGGCGCAUCCAGUAAAGGCGCUCCUCGCAGGAUGUGCCCUAUAGCCUGGAGAUCGCUGGUUCGAAUCCAGGCUAUGUCACAGCUGACCGUGACCGAGAGUUCCUAGGGGGCGGCGCACAAUUGGCUGAGCGCUGCCCGGGUAGGGAGGGCUUAGGUCGGCAGGGGAAUCCAUGGCUCACCGCGCAUCAGCGACCCCUGUGGCCGAUAGGGCGCCUAUGGCUCUGCAGCGGAGCCGCCAGAUCUGUGUUGUCCUCCGGCACUAUAGGUCUGGUAGCAUUGCUGUGGAUCUGCAGUGCGAAAAAUGACGGCUUGGAAGGAGCACGUUUCGGAGGACGCAUGUUUCGAGCGGUGAGCCGGGGAUACAGAUAAUAAUUGGGCAUGCUAAAUUGGGGUGAAAACCGGGGUAAAAAUAAUUGGCGACGACUAAAUUUAAAAAAAAAAAAAAAAAAAAAAAAAAAAAAAAGAACAAUUUGGUCAUCUUAUUCUGGUCUUGAAUACAGAAAGCUGAUUUCCUUGAAUACAUAUAUGGCCCAAAUACCACAUUUGUGCCAAUACCCCAGUUGCCCAGUGACUGAAACCAAUUGAGAAAUCACUUAUUUUGUCUCUAUUGAGUACCACUGCACACAUUUACUAGUGUCUGUCAACAAAUGACAUACACAAUUCUACCAAUACUGUUUUUGGUAUUGUACAAUAGGACAGUAUUCAUUUAGAAAUCUGCUCUUGAAAUGUAGGAUUUCCUGCAGCAGGGAAAUGGUAAUAUUUUUACUGUAUUAAUCCUCGUUGACAAGAAAUUUCAACACUGGCAUAGACAUCCUCAAAAUCAAUUAGAACUGACAGCUGCAUUGCAUGAGCAGUGGAAGAACAUUUCAAACAAGCUGUUCCAACAACUUUUUAGUUUCAUGCACUGACUGAUUCCAAGAUGAAUAUAUUUCUUAUGCAGACUGUUUAUAAUUGUUCAUUAACAUUUGUCAUUUACUAUUUAUUUCUAUAUGGUUAUGACAUUAUUUGUAGUUUCUAAUGUGUAAUGAGGACAGGAAAUCCUGCAUACAUUAUAUUUGCUGGUUAACUUUUUAAUUCAUGUCUGAUGUUUGGAUGUUAUAUAACAUGUUUCACUUCAUGAUGCUUAGUUGAUAAGUAGUUUGUAUGAUUUUGUUAAUUGUUUAAAAGUAAAUGUAUUUAUGAAUGAAUUCAUGAUUUUUUGGUCAUGCUCAACUUUUGCCUUAAUAAUGUCUACAAAGUAUGUCAAUAACAUACCCUGUCAGCUGUAAAUACACAACUAGCGCUGCCAGUAUCAUUAUAGGUUACUGUCUGAAAUAUUGUGCUUGAUCCAUUUUAUGUCACACAUGAGGAAAGACAAAUACCUCCUCCUUGAUCACUAAAAAUAAAAAAUAUUAUUUUUUUGGGGGGGGAGGGGGGUUGGGCAGCAGUGUGGAGUAGUGGUUAGGGCUCUGGACUCUUGACCAGAGGGUUGUGGGUUCAAUCCCCAGUGGGGGACACUGCUGUUGUACCCUUGAGCAAGGUACUUUACCUAGAUUGCUCCAGUAAAAACCCAACUGUAUAAAUGGGUAAUUGUAUGUAAAAUAAUGUGAUAUCUGUAUAAUGUGAAAUAAUGUAUAAUGUGAUAUCUUGUAACAAUUGUAAGUCGCCCUGGAUAAGGGCGUCUGCUAAGAAAUAAAUAAUAAUAGUAAAUGGGCCAGUAAAUCCAUGCAAAAUUUCCCCCAAAAAAUAAGGUCCUUUGACUUUUGUCCAUAAUAAGUUCAUCUUCAAAUUACCGGCAUGACUCUCGGGGAUGUGGGUGUCCGUGUUCUUCACACUUAUGGUUUGUCGGAAGUGAGACUCCAGGCUGGUUCAUGCUUCUGUCACAGAUGAAUGAUACGUCAGGCGCAGACAGCUAUAAAAGCUGUGCGGCUUCACUCCGACCAUGCAGCAGAUUUUUUUUUUCAUACAGCUGCGUUGUGUGAGGUGCAAGCUCUCAAGUGGUAAUUCCCGCUGUGGAUAACUGGAAAACAUGGACCCCAGUACGUCUUAGAUCGGAGCGGACUGAAGAACUAAACACACUACUGAGUUGCGCCCCUUUCAUGUGACCUCCUGCAUAAGCAACUGUUUGAAAGACGUCGGUGGCUGUUCACAGAAAGAAAUGGCAGAGGGAAGUUAAAUGGAUCUUUCUUUUUUUUUUUGUCCCCUAAAGCAGUGUUUCCCAAUCCUGGACCUGGGGGACCCACUGUGUCAGCUGGUUUUCAUUCCAACUGAACUCUCAAUUACUUAACUAGACCCUUAA